GAUCAAAAUUACCUCUUCUGAGAGAGUACUUGAUUAUACAAAUAGUGUGUCAGGAGAUAUAUUCUUUCUGGGCAUCACUGGCAUGCAUCAUGAAUGGGAAAUAACCAAGAGCGGGAUUUUGGAGAACAGGUGUGUUCUGAGAGCCUCACUGUACUUGGCUGGAGCACACAGCAUGAAGAACUUAAUUUCCAUGUCAUGUUUUGUAUGUAUUCUUUUCCAGAAACAGUUAAAAGGAAAAUGAAGCUCACCUUCUUCUUGUGUUUAUUGCUGGCUGGUUUGAAUACUAUUGCUCAGUGUCAUCAGCAUCCUCACUACCGCAAUAAACAGGAUGAUCCUAAAGGGACAUAUUACCCAGAACGCAGUUCGCAUGGGGAAGGAGUUUAUCCGGUUAUGAACAAAACCUUUCUCAAACUAGUUCCCAGUAAUGCUGACUUUGCAUUUUCAUUUUACAAGCUGGUUGCAUCCGAAGCAACCGAUCAAAAUAUUUUCUUUUCGCCCAUAAGCAUCUCUGUUUCCUUUGCAAUGCUGGCACUCGGUGCCAAGUCAGCGACGCUGACGCAGAUUCUGGAAGGUCUUGCCUUUAACCUGAAAAAGACUCAGGAGCAGGAAAUACAUGAAGGUUUUUGCCAGCUCCUCCACAUGCUGAACCGUUCAGACAGUGAGCUCCAGCUGAGCCUGGGCAAUGCCAUUUUUAUAGAAGAGACACUAAAACCAUUACAGACAUUCUUGGAUGAUGUCAAAAGCUUUUAUGAAUCUGAAGUCUUCUCUACUGACUUUAACAACUCCUCUGGUGCUGAGAAUCAGAUCAACAGUUAUAUUGAGGAAAAGACAAAUGGGAAAAUUGUUAAACUAGUGGAAAACCUUGAUCCUCUCACUGCAAUGGUUCUUGUUAAUUAUGUCUUCUUUAAAGCCCAUUGGGAGAAACCCUUCAGUACUUCAUAUACAAAACAGGAAGAUUUUUUUGUGGAUCAGAAAACUUCUGUAAAAGUUGACAUGAUGUAUCGAAAGGGUUACUACAGAAGUUACUUUGAUGAAGAACUGUCCUGUUGGCUGGUUCAGAUACCUUACAAUGGAAAUGCUGCAGCAUUAUUUGUUUUGCCUGACAAAGGGAAGAUGAAACAGGUGGAAGAUGCUCUUUUGAGAAGGACUGUGUCUAAAUGGGAAAGGUUCCUCCAAGACAGAAAAUUACAUCUCCAUAUUCCAAAAUUUUCUAUUUCUGGUACCUAUGAUGUGAAAAGGAUAGUCAAACAAGUGGAUAUGAUUGAUCUGUUCACUGAACGAGCUGAUCUGUCAGGGAUUACUGAGGAGCCUGGACUGAUGGUUUCAAAAGUGAUACACAGAGCAGUACUAAAUGUUCAUGAGAACGGCACUGAGGCAGCGGGGGCCACGGUGAAGGAGGUUACCUGGAGAUCUGGUGAUUUUCCUCAUCCGCAUCGAGUCAGAUUCAACAGGCCCUUUCUCCUGGUGAUUCUGGAUAAAUACACCCGCACUGUCCUCUUCAUAGGGAAAAUUGUAAACCCUCUGAAAAAUGACUGAUUGACCAGAGAACACAUACUUAUGCACAUUGCUGGACAAAUUCCUGUGAUUCAGCAAAACAUUUAUGUGUACAUACCGCAACAUACUAGCACUUUUCUUUCAACCAUUGUCCUUACAAACAUUAUUAAUCCCUUAAAACACAAAAAUAUUUUUCCUUGUCCAAAAGUCACUGGUAUUUCUCCCCAGUCUACAGCUGGGUAUAGCUUGUAGCAUUAACAAAAUAUAAGUCACUUUUCACCGGUUUUGUAAGAAGCCCUUCCUAACAUGCUCCCUUGGGGUAUUUGAAAUGGUUUAUAGUCUCUGGAUGAUGUAACUAUUGCUCUGCACUCAAGGUCUGUGUAUGGGAGAGCAGGAGAAGGGAAAUGGGGAAAAGGAGGUGGGAGGUAUAAGUCCUGUCUGAUUAAUCCAUCAGACUUUGAUGAUGUCCUGGUUUAGUCCCAGUAACAACUAAGCACCACACAGCCACUCCCUCACUCCCCCCACCCUGGUGGGUUGAGGGAGAGAAUCGGAAGAGCAAAAGUAAGAAAACUCAUCAGUAAAGAACCAUUUAAUAAAAUAAAACGGUAAUAGUAAAAAUAUUAAUAACAAUAAUAAAGUAAUGAAAAGAAAAAUAAUGAUAAAGAGAGGCAAAACCUGGGGUGGGGAGGGGGAGGGGAUAAAAACCCAAACAAACAAGUUAUGUGACCACUCACCACCUGCCGACCAAGGCUGCCAGUCCCCAAUCUCUGCUGCCUGUGGCCAACUCCCCCCAGUUAAUGUACAGAGCAUGACGUCAUAUGAUAUGGAAUAUCCUUUUGGCCAGUUUGGAUCAGCUCUCCCAGCUGUGUCCCCUCCCCUCCCAGCUUCUUUUGCCCCUGGCAGAGCAUGGGAGGCUGGAGAAGUUCUGGACUAGUGUAAGCACUACUUACCAACCCUUAGCACCUACUCAGCAUCUACUUUGCAACAACUAAAACAUCGGUGUGUUGUCAACAUUAUUCUCAUAUUAAAUCCAAAACACAACACUAUACCAGCUACAGUGAAGAAAAUUAACUCUAUCCCAGCCAAAACAAUGACAGAUGACUAGUCUUAAAUGCGAAUUCCUUUAAUAUUGGAGAGAACUUCCAUUGAUUUCUUUGGUUUUUAACCAAGUAUGACAUGAAGCUGCAGGAUCAGUGGCUGGGACACUGGAGGACACACAAAUGUAAAGGGCUGAUGAGUGCAGCUGUUUUAGCUUGCCUCUCUCUGUCUCCUCCCCAGUAGAAGCCCUCCUCAGGAAAACAAGAAGGUCUUGUACUCAUUUGGAGUACUGUGUCCAGUUUUAGGGCCCCCAGUUUAAGAAGGACGUGGAACUCCUUGAGCAAGUCCAGCAGAGAGCUACAAAGAUGAUCAGGGGACUGGAGCAUCUCUCUUAUGAGGAAAGGCUGAGAGACUUGGGUUUGUUCAGCCUGGAGAAGAGAGGACUGAGGGGGGAUCUCAUCGAUACUUACAAAUAUUAGGAUGAUAUUUGUGUCAGGACGAUGGGACUAGACUCUUUUCAGUGGUGCCCAAUGACAGGACAAGGAGCAAUGGACACAAGUUAGAACACAGGAACUUCCACCUCAAUAUGAGAAAAAACUUAUUUCCUGUGAGGGUGCCAGAGCAGUGGCACAGGCUGCCCAGGGAGGCUGUGGAGUCCCUUCCCUGGAGACAUUCAAAACCUGCCUGGUCAUGGUCCUGUGCCCCCUGCUCUGGGUGUCCCUGCUCAAGCAGGGGUGUUGGACAAGGUGAUCUCCAGAGGUCCCUUCCAACCCCUACCAUUCUGUGAUUCUGUGAAUCUGUUUAUGCUUCACAGAUAAUGUUUAUUCUACUACGGAAGGAAGCCAUACCAGCAAAAUUACUUUCUGUUUUAUAUUGCUAAUAUAGAUAUUAUUGUCAAUGCCCUGAGACAAAAGUAUGGUGGAGCUGUCCAUGACAUAGUAUCAGCUUCCUUUUUAUGGAUUUGUUGUCACUGUUGUUUCUUUUUUCUCCUACUAAUGCCGCCUUCACUCUCACACUUUCCAGCUGGACUUGUCAGACUGUGGUAGAAAAGAGGAAGAAUAAAAAAUUAUAACA